AUGGCGGCGUUCAGAGCGACGGGAGGAUCGGCAAACGUCUCACAGGAACCUCGCAAGGCAGGAGUUAAGGCUAAUGCGUCCGAAAAGCCGGCAACUGCGGUAGCCGUGAGCAGCGGGCGCGGUUCUGACAGGCUCCAAUCAGCUGCUGCGAGCGGUGUUGGUUCAGGUUCUAGUAGACUCCUACCGUCUGCUGCCGGUGCUGCCGAUGCUGCCGUUUCCUCGAGCAUGGUCGCCGAAGCCUCUGAAGAAGUACGAACAGCCGGGACUGCGGCUAUUAACGACGCGUGUCCUUCGCGGGUAAACUCCGAGCUGGCCGCGUGUGACGUGGCUGCGAGAAUGACGGCGGAUGCUGACGUGGCAGCUGAGCUGGAUGGGAACGGACACAACCACGAGCACCCGCGAUGUUCGCCAGUGCUUCGUCGCAAACCUAUUGACGUGCCUGCGAAGAUGGUUCGCCAGCUCUUCGCGACGGGCAAGAUUAAAUACACGGGAUUGGACGAAGUGAAAGAGGACGGCGUGAGGGACUCGUGGACCGAGUCCUUGGAGCCUGAAUCGCAGUUUUCUGAUAUGAAUGAGCUUAUGUCGAGCGGCCUUGAUGGAAUUACGUUCGAUUCGUCGAUCGCAGAGUCUGCUGGACAAGGGGAUGACUUGUCUGACGUGAAAGGGGGAGAGAAGGGCGAAGAGGACAAGGGAGGGGAAGAGGAGGGAUUGGAAGAGUUUGAAGAGGAAAUAGAAUUGGAGAUUGAGGAAGAGGAGGUGGAGGUGGAGGAAGAGGAGGUAGGAGAGAAAGCCGAAGGCAAGGAGCAAGAAGAAAGCGACAGUGAUGAGGACGAGGAUGAGAGUGAGGAUGAGGAUGAGGAUGAAGGGGAGGAGGAGGAGGGAGAUGGGGAGGAGAGUGGAAAUGAGGGUGAGGAGGAAGAGGAUUUGGAGGAGGAAGAAGAGCAAAUGGAGGAUGGGUAUUCGAUUGUUCUGAAGGUUGGUCAGGUCAUGUUGCCGUGCAAGGUGAGGUAUGACAAUGAGGAGAUUUUUCAGAUCGUUGAAGCAGUGGACGAUUCGGAGAUCGUGGAGGUGGUUGAUGACGUGGCAGAUAACGGUGACUUGGCAGUCAAUGACGUGGAUGAGCACCAGGACUGCCACGGGCACGUGCGAACCUGCACGUCUCUUCCUGCGGCCAGUGACAGCCCGCCACGUGUCCUUUCCCUGUCCAUGGAGAAUUCCUCCCCUCCCGCUCCUUCCUCACCCACCUCUCCUCUCCACUAUCCGCUCAUCUCCUCUUCCCCGCCCCCCACUGAGUCCCUAGAGCAAAUGCUCACUCCCCCCACCAUCCCCACUGCUCCGUUCCCGCCUCCUCCUAAGAGCAUCCUCAAGCCCUCGUUUGUGGAACGCUGCAGUAACGCAACCUCCUCUUGCAAGGUCACGAGUGGCAAUGCCAUGGGAACCGUGGGCCGGAAGCGGCAGAGGGAAGGGAGCGAGAGUGGCAGUGCGUGUGGUGGGCGGAAGGAGGGGCAGGGAGAAGUGGUGGGAGCAGGGGCGUGCGCGGAGGCGAGGGGGGUGCGGCCGACAGCACGGGAGCGAGUGGAGAGGCAGAUGGCGGUGGCAGAGGCAGCAGUGAGAAUGCUCGUGGAGCGAUGCAAGGGUGAGAAUCGCGAUGAUGCUUCACAUGGUCACGGAGUGUCUCCUGUGCCGACCUCAUUGGCUAACGAUGUCCUGCACCAAAUGGAGCAGCUGCGCCAUGCAGUUUUGGACAUAACCAAGCCGCGCAAGCGCCUUCGAUUUGCCGAUGAGCUUGGGAAGGAGCUCAACCAUAUCCGUUUCAUUCAACCCAGAAGCAAGCAGACGUCGCGAGUUACCAUGGAUUCCAGUCAUUCGCAGCGUGCUGCGCAAGCGUCCGUCUCGGACCCCUUCUUCGAUCUGCUCCAGCCAUCCUCCGCCGCCUCUAAGCCCGCGCAUGCCGCCACCGCGUCGUCCGCGCUCACCAGCGGAUCCCCGCCGUCCAACGACCCCGCGUCGCCGUUCGUCCGCUCCCUCAGUCCUCCCGCCGAGUCGGCUUUCGCAGGCUCCGCGUCUCGCGGUGGCAUGACAAGCUCGUUUCCCGAAUCUGGAAAGCAUGGGAACAACACCGGCGGUGGUGGGACUAGUGGCGGUCUUGGUUCAGGCUUGUCUGAACUGGCUGGUGGUGGUGGUGCUGGUGCUGGUGGCUCGUCCUUCAAUUUCCUCAGCUCCCAGGGCCCUACCCACUCCCAACCUCAGCAUCCCUCCCCUCCUCAUCCAUCCUUUUCCACUGGAGACGGGGGCAUGGGCGGCGGCGGAAUGGGGGGUGCUAACCUGGGGGGAGGGGCCAGCAUGGGGGGGGGAGCAGGGGGAGCGGGAGGCGCGGGGGGCGCGGGGAUGCGCGCAGCAGCAGCAGCGCGCGCGCCAGCGACAGCAGGGGACGUGGCGCAGGUGGCAGCGGAGGUGACGUCCGCCAUGGAGCGCCUGCUGCACCGCUUCUCUGAGGGCGUGUCUGCCGCGUUGGGCGAUGCAAGCAGCAGGGUGCGGCGCGUGGAGGCGGCGGUUGCGGCUCUUCAAGGCGCCGUGGACCGCGCUGCUGGGGAUGACGGGGAGAGGCACGCUGAGCUGGAUGGGAGGCUGCGAUCCGUGGAGAACGUGCUUCUAGAGGUGCAGCGCAAUCUGCAGGUGAUGCGCGACAAGCAGGAGCUCGCAGAGGCACAGGCGGAGCUCUCCAAGCUCAAGUUCCUCGCCCUCCCCGCCCCCCCAUCCGCCUCCUCCUCCGCCUCCGCCUCUGCUGCCACUGCCGCUGCUGCUGCCCCACCCGCAGUGGUCGAACCAGCAGCACCAGCAGCAGCGCCAGUGCCGGUGCCUGCUGCUGCGUCUGCACCCCCCGCCCCUGUUCCCUCUGCGCCUCCUGAAGCCUCCGCUCCCCCUCCUCCGUCCCCCAGUCCCUCCCCCGCGCCUCCUGCCCCUGUGCCGGCUCCUCCUGCUCAGUACCAGGCACCCGCGCCACCACAGCAGCAGCUGCCGCCGCCGCCGCAGCAGCAGCAGCAGCAGCAAAUUAUGCCUCCCCCGGCUCCCAUGUACCCCCAACAGCAGCAACAGCAGCCGCCGCAACAGCAGUCCUAUGCUCCUCCUCCCCCGUCUGCUUCUGCUCCUCAGUAUUUGCAGCAGCAGCAAGGCCAAUAUAAUAUGCAGCCUCAGCAGCAACAGCAGCCGCCACAGCAGCAGCAGCUGCAGCAGCAGCAACAGCCGCCGCCGCCGCCGCCGCAACAGCCGCAGCCACCGCAGCAGCAGCAGCAGCAGCAGCAGCAGCAGCAGCAGCAGCAGCAGCAGCAGCAGCAGCAGCAGCAGCAGCAGCAGCAGCAGCAGGGCGGGCAGCAGAUGUACCAAGCACCACCGCCACCGCCCAUGGCACAGCAACCCCCUCCGCCUUACCCCCCCCAGCAGCAGCCCGCUCCUCCCCCUGCUGCCUCCGCCCCUGCUCCCCCCCCAUACGGCUCCAUGCCCCCCCCUCAAGGCAUGGGCCCCCUCAGAUGCACUCUCAGAUGCCACCUCCACCAGGGUAUGUAUCGGGUUGCCCAACCUCCCCCUCCGUCCAUCCCCCCUACUGCCGGCCCCCCUAGUGGAUACAGACGCUUACCCAUGGCACAACCUGUGAGCGGCGGUGGUGGGGGAGGGAGAGGGGGGAGCGGAGGGGGAGGAGGUGGAGGAGGGGGAAGUGGGGGAGGUGGGGGUGAUACAGCGAGAGUGCCUUUAGAGAAGGUGGUUGAUGACGUGGCAGCUAUGGGAUUCCCAAGGGAUAAGGUGCGCAUGGUGGUGCAGAGGCUUAUGGAGAGAGGCAAGUCGGUUGAUCUGAAUGCUGUGAUAGAUGAGGGGGAGGGGAAGGAGAAUGUUUGGUACGGAGGGAGGGGGGAAGGAGAAUGUUUGGUACGGAGGGGGAGGGGAAGGAGAAUGUUUGGUACGGAGGGGGAGGGGAAGGAGAAUGUUUGGUACGGAGGGGGAGGGGAAGGAGAAUGUUUGGUACGGAGGGGGAGGGGAAGGAGAAUGUUUGGUACGGAGGGAGGGGGGAAGUUGGUGGCGUUGUAG